AUGGAGGCACACCCUAAAGGUUUCAAGUUGAGUAGGACCAAAACAGAAUACGUGGAGUGUAAGUUCAGUGACAAGACUCAUGAAGUGGACGUGGAUGUAAAGAUUGAUACCCAAGUCAUCCCGAGGAGGGGUAGUUUCAAGUAUCUCGGGUCAAUAAUCCAGGGUAACGGGGAAACUGAUGAUGAGGUCUCCCACCGUAUCAGUGCAGGGCGGAUGAAAUGGAAGCUCGCAUCCGGUGUUUUGUAUGAUAAGAAGGUGCCACCAAGACUUAAGAGUAAGUUCUACAGGGUGGUGAUUAGACCUACUAUGUUGUAUGGGGCUGAGUGUUGGCCAGUCAAUAACUCCCAUGUUCAGAUGAUGAAAGUAGCAGAAAUGAGAAUGCUGAGAUGGAUGUGUAGGCAUACCAAGAGAGAUAAGAUUAGGAAUGAAGUUAUUCAGGACAAAGUGGGAGUGGCCCCCGUGGAGGACAAGAUAUGGGAGUUGAGGCUGAGAUGGUUCAGGACGGAUGCUCCUAUUGGGAGGUGUGAGAGGCUGGCCGUGGCGGGGCAGGGAAGGGGUAGAGGAAGGCCGAAGAAGUAUUGGGGAGAGUUUGUUACUAUUUGA